CCCGCACAACACUUUCCUUCUUCCCCAAUCUCAAAGAGCAUAUCUCCAAGUCUUCCCGCACUUCAAACUCGGUACAUAAUCAGAGAUACACAUGUUAAGACAAGCAUUCUUCAUUAUUACCAAGGCUCCCCCAACCAAUUAGCGAUUUGCACGUGCGGUCGAGAAAAGAGGAAGACCUGCAUCACGUUAUCUGCAUCAUACAUCUUCUUAAUCCACCCAGCCAGCCAUCAGAAUCGCCUCUCCAUUCGCUAUCUCACGAUCUCAAAAAAGUCUCAAAGUCUUCUCGCAAUGAGGCAAUUCUCCCCGUCCCUCCUCUUCCUGAUCCUCCUUGCCCCGCUCACGCGGGCCUCCAAAACGCCCGUGCUCUCCACCGCCUCCGCCUCAGCCUCGCCAGCCUCAUCCCCCACAACUCCCUCACCGCAAGUGGGAACCAUCACCGCCCCGCCGUCGUUGGAGGACGUCAAUUUCCAGCAGAAAUGGCAUCAGACAACGUAUUGGUCCUGCGUCACAAUUCAUACGCAGGUGCAUUGUGGAUGGCAUGAGCCCGUGCUGCCGGGCGGUGAUGAGAUCGCGGGUGCGCCGAGGGCGGUGUGUGGGAAAGGAGUUGGGGUGGCGGUAGGUGUGGCGGUGGUUGGUGGGUUGUUGAUGUGAGGGGAAAGGCGUGUUGUCUUUGGGGGAGGGGAGGGAUUUGGGAAGAUCUUUUUUUAGGUAGGGGAGGGGAAGGGAAGGGAGGGAUUCAGCUGCGGUCAUGAUGAUAUGAUGAUACUAUGAGAUAUGGGGCGGACUGCCUGUCUAUUUUCGAGGGCGGGCGUUGGGGGAAAUGGGGAUGGGCUAUCUGGGUUCUUGGCGUUUCUAUACCUAUAUGGGUGCUUGGAGUCGGUGGUAUAGGGCCAGUAAGUGGGCUCCAGCAGCUAUGGAUCUUAUGGUACAUCUAUAAAAUCUAAUGGAUUUACCCUUAAUCUAGGGGCUACGAUACAGGGGGUGAUUGAUGUGGAGGGGGACUACGAGGAUAUGAAUUAUGAGGUUGGCAGAAAUUUUGCAUAGCGUCUGUCACAUCCUCCGGGUUAUCAAUUUUUGUUCCAUUGAAGCUAUCGUCAAUAGAUAACAAUUUUCCACUCAU